GUAUCCCCGCGCGCCGUGUUGAGAGGACGCCGCGUCGACCUCACACAGACGGGCGACACUGGACGGAGACUGCCAGCGUGAGGGAAGCGGAGACAGGCGGGCAGUGGCAGUGUGCGGCGUGCGGCCCUCCUGACACUCUUCUGGCACUUCCCUGACACUUCCCUGGCACUCUCGCUACACUAGAGGCACCUAUGCCGCCAUCUUGAAUGCUUGACCAGUAGAGGACCACAAGGCAGACCCAGGAGUGACCUCAGAAGUGGCCAACAGUGAAGAAGCUUGACCUGGCCCCAUAUGACCCCGAUGAGGAGGUCAGGUUACCGUCAGAGGCCCCUGUGGUGUGCCAUGGGGGUCAGGGGCUGAGUGGAGGAGGAGGAGGAGGAGGAGGAGGAGGAGGAGGAGGAGGAGGAGGAAGAGGAGGACUAGGAAAUUAUCAGAAUGGCUCCCUGUCUCUUUCUUCUACUAUUGCUGCUGCUGCUGCUGCUGGCCACUCUGCAGGGAUCAGUGGAGGCCAUCAGAAUAGUGGAGAUGCAGGUGCCGCCCACCGUGGAGGUCGGGAAGACAGUGCACCUCGCUUGUCGCUUUGAUCCAGAGGGCGCCAAACUGUACUCCCUCAACUGGUGGAGGGGCUCAGACCAGUUCUUUCAGUACAGUCCCUCCAGUGCUGACAAGAUUAUUGUGUACGAUUCACCCGGCAUUACUGUUGAUAAGAAGCUAUCAGGACGCGAGACAGUAGUGCUGAGGAACAUCUCCCACGCCUCGGCCGGACGCUUCAAAUGUGAGGUGUUGGCUGACUAUCCCAGCUUUGAAAAACACUCCGAGGCAACAAGUAUGGAGGUGAUAGACGUGCCCACGAAGGAGCCCAAAGUGUCACUGCAUCGCCUCCAGUGGUCCCCCGGGGAGGUCCUCAGGGCAAACUGCACGGCGCCCCCUGUCCGACCCCCUUCCAACCUGCACUGGUACAUCAACGGGAAGAAGGUGUCCCAGCAGAAGGUGCGCACCAUGGUGACGAAGGAGCGGCCGGAGAGCAGGAUGAGCGUGGAGGGCGGCGUGGGCGCGGGCGUGGCUGGGGGCGGGCAGCAGCGGGAGGCACCGCGGGAGGAGCAGCAGCUGAGCCGCACCUCACAGCUCACUCUGGCGCUCAAGGCUGAACACUUCACAGCGGGGGGGCAGGCCACACUGGCCUGCGAAGCAUCACUCUCCGGCAUGUACAGCAGGGUGACCAAGAUGCACCUGGCCCUCCCAGGCUACAAGACGGCGGCGCCCUCGCAGAAGCUGUUCGGCGGCGGAGCUCGCAUGGCUGCAGGCGGCGGCGUGGAGGGCGCCGCCCUGCUGCUGGGGCUGCUGCUGCUACUGCAGGUGUUGUAGGGAGCGCUGCGUCGAGGCUCGCCGCGCCGCCGAGGAAGGCUGCGGGGCGGCCACGCUGUGUGUCGACGCCCUUUUUGAUAACAAAGUGAACAAUGACGCGCCGCGCAGUGCGUGUGGAGACAGACAGCUGCCUGCGGGCGUGGCGGCAGCAGGCAGGCCAGACGCCACGCAGACAGCUAGUGUAGAAUGUACAGCCUGGCCUGGAGCGGCCGCCUGUACCGCAGCCGCGUGUACUGUACAUAGUCACUGACCAUACGGAGUUUUGCUGCCUAUGGAUUGAAUUCAGGGUCCUAGCAUGUAAGGAACUACUACUCACAAACAAACAAACAAACACACACACACACACACACACACACACACACACACACACACACACAGACGUACGUCGUACAUACACACACACACACACACACACACACACACACACACACGUCGUACACACACACACACACACACACACACACACACACACACACACACACACACAUUAGCCUGGUAGAGUCUCUAUAUUGGCCCCAUGAAUGUACAGUAUACAAUACUUAUACCGAGGUCACCCCUCACCCCGCCGCGUCCCCCAGCCAGCCAUCCCCAUCACCCGUCACCCGUCACCCGUAGCUCAUCUCUGUACUCCUCGAUGGGACGUCACUGUAUCGUCGUAGCGCUAAGUCGAUGGGACAUAGACCUUAAGAUGAAACACUAAGUGUAGUUCCCCUGCUGAGCGCGGCGUGUGUGGCGGACACGCGGCGGGCGUCGCCAGGCCUCCCUCAAGCCUCCUUCACUGACGGGUGCCCCUCCUCCCUGACACCCAGCAGCUCACCGCCUCCUGCCGCCACCGGCACCAGCUGCGCACCACCCUCACCUGCCGCAGUGCUCCCCGUGUGGCCUGCCACCUGCUGGCCGUACCCCGCGCUGUGCGAGUGCCGCGUCAGGUGCCCCGUGGCGGGGUGCCCCGUGGCUUGUGCGGCGACAGGCGCAUCACGAGCCACAAUAGGCGAAGGAGGAGCCACCAUGCGUCGCACGCCCUGACUGGCGGCGCCCAGUGACGCCCCUCCCCAAUGCAGCGCGUGCCACCGCCCACACCCGCGCUCUCAGGUAAUCCUGGGCGGCUCCUGGGCGCUGACGCUGUGGGAAGCCUCUAGAGCCAUCACCCACACCCUGAAGGAGGGUCCCGCGCCCCGGGUGCCCUCGCCCAAGCACUUCACUACCGCCCGUGACAAGCGUCUUCCUUCAAUAUCACAAACGUGUUUUUAUUUUUACGUAACAUUUUGACACAGAGCUUAAGAGAGUGAGCCCAGCGUGGCGCGGCGCUAAGCCCCGGGCGGCGGAACGCCCGCACGCCCAACGCUUCCCCCCGCCCAGCUGCCGCCCAAACCAGGCCGCCCCGCCUGAAGCCGCGGCAGCACUGGCCGGGCCAGGCUACGCUCAACCUGACGAGACUCGUGAGUCCCUCCGCGCGAGGCGACGCAGCUGUGAUGCCGAAACACAGAGCCAGACCCGAUCCACCACGCCCACACCCGCGCCCGCCCACCCGCCCGCACAUUGACUGGCUGACCUCCCUGUAACUGUAGCGGUGUGUGUGUGUGUGUGUGUGUGUGUGAAGCACCAUUCAGCAGCAGCAGCAGCAGCAGCAGCAGCAGCACAGGAUGCGUGGCGAGCCGUGCAGGGCUAAGCUGAGAGAGGGAGUGGGUGGCGUGACGCCCUGCACGCCUUAGUGGAGCUGGGAGGCGGUGGAGUCACCCUGGCGCCGCCACUACCGCCGCCACCACGCCCGGGAACACCAACGAUGCCUAAUGGCAUUCACACACACACACACACACACACACACACACAUACACACACUGCUGUGCUGCGGGAAGCCUCUGAACGCGUCAUCGGAACAACAUUACUGGAAACACGAUCACCACCAGGGUGGAGGUGCCAAUGCGGUGCCAAGGCGGUACCAAGGCGGUGCCACGAGGAGGAAUGAGAGACGCGUAAGGGAGGUAAGGCGGCGGCACCAUCCCGCUGGCACCAGUAAGAGCGUGGCAUUCAGCAGGCAGUGGGUGUGGCGGGCACCGUGCCUCUCAAAAGGCGUGGUGGCAAGCAGGAGUCUCCCGCCCUCGCAGCCGCCAUGACACAGCGGAGCUAGACGGUACGAACACACACACACACACACACACACACACACACACACACACACACACACACACACACACACACACACACACACACACACAUGCACACACACACACACACACAUGCACACACACACACACACACACACACACACACACACACACACACACACAGCGUAUUUUGUACAAACGCCAAAAUAAAGGCUGUUUGAGGGCU